CAGGCGCAGUAGUUUAGCAGGUUGCCGGUGUCAUGGCUGAGCACGGAGAGCUGAGCGCUGAUGGUCUGAAGGAGAAGCUGCUGCGGGAAUUGCAGGCUAAUCACGUGGAGGUAGAAGACACGUCCCCCAAUCACUGCUCCACCAGUUUCAAGGUGGUGGUGGUGUCACCUCUAUUUGAAGGGAAACCUCUGCUUCAGAGACACAGGAUGUGUUUUAGUUGUGUAUUUAGCUGUUUGCUCGGAGUUAACGCCUUUGAACAGAAGACCCUGACGCCGGCUCAGUGGGAUCAGGAGAAGCAGAAGUAAGCCCUGACCCCGCCCACUUCCUGCCAUGACCGUCCUCUGCCUUCCGCCAUUUUUCUGUGGACUGUGGUGUUC